AUGAUCAAACUUCUACUUCGUCGUGGUGCUAAUUCUUCACUUAGUGAUUGGUCAUUACUAGUUCUUGCUCUAGCCGUUCGAGCUGGUGAUAAAGAUAUUGUUGAACUAUUAUUAAAGAAAAAAGCUCAAGUUAAUUGUCGAUUAAAUGUUGUUCGUCAUGCUUCUUUAAUUCCAUUACAUAUUGCUUGUGGUUGUUUAUCAUCAAAUGUAAUCGAUAUUGCUCAACAAUUAUUAGAACAUGAAGCACAUAUCAAUGCAGAAUCAUUACCAAGUGAUCAAGAAUAUUUAUCACUUGCUGAUCCAUCAGUUAUCGAUAUACAUAGAAUAAAUGGCUCUGUUCCACAUGGUCGUACUCCUUUACAUAUAGUAUGUACACGUGAAGCAACAGAAGAUACAUUAUCUCUAGUUCGUCUACUUCUUGAACAUCAUGCUAAUCCAAAUGCUCUAUGUAAUGGUCGAACAUCACCUUCACUCGCUAUCACUCUUGGAAAUGAACGUUUAGUUGAUUUACUUAUCAAUCAUGAAACAACAGAUCCAUCGACUUCACUCGGACUAAGAAAUGGAAAAGUAUUAUGUACUAUUUUAUCUACAGUUCAAGAAUCUCAAUGGACUUAUGCUAAACGAUUAGAAUUAGUAUGUAAAGAAUCGAUUAAAAGAAAUUUAUUUAAUUUAUAUUUUAUUUGUAUUUUAAAUUGA